AUGGAGGACGCUGAAGUCGAUGUCGAUGAGAUUGAAAGAGAAAAAAGCAUCGAGGAGCGUGAGGAAGCUGACGUCCGAGCUUGGUUCGCAAAACGGCAGCAAAGCAGCGCCGCAACCAGACCUGGGUGGUUUAUUCCGCAGCUUGCGAACUUUUUACUCGACGGGAAUGUGAACGAGGGAGAUCGGUACUACUGCGAACCUCGUCCUAAAGACGAGAAUGUUGAAGAUGUCCCACAAAAGCAUCCUCUCCGAGCAAUGUUCACCGCUUUCAAAUCAGCAACCGACAAUAUCCUGCAAGGAGAGAGCAACUCGGGCAUACCAGACACCGAAGAGAGAAUCAUCCGUAUUUACGCCUACAGCCUCUCCUGCCCGUAUGUUCUUGAUUUGCUCGUUCACUACGCAAGACACUUUGAAAUUCGAGUGAUUCUUCAUCCAAAGAUUCACUCUGUCAAAAUGAUGAAGGUUUAUGUUGACUCAUUGCCACAUCAUGCCGUUGCUGGCUCCCCACGACGGGGUAUUGAAAGCCUAAAAAUUAGGAUCGCCAACCUACAGGGACUCAACGAAAUGGCUUCCAUGCACCGCAAGCAGGUUAUUGUUGAGGACUUGACGCUUGUUAGCAGCUACAAUAUGUCCCUUGCUGCCCGUUGUUACAACUGGGAAAGCAUGUUUGUCGUCAAAACCCGAACGGACGAUGUUUUGCGCUUUGAUGCCAUGUGGGAUGAACUGAUGGAUCGAAAGCUGUUAGUAUUCGACCCGGAUGAACGUUUGUUUCCAGCAACGGAAAGAGAGAAAGUCCGAGAAUACAAAGCAAAAUUGAGCCCAAAGAAGCCUCCACCGGUGAACCCAUACAAGAGACAAAAGACUUGA